GUCUGUAGGGGGCUGACGGUGAAGCCAUGAAUAACUCAAUGGAGAAUUCAGUGUCAUUUGAAGAGCUGGUGCGGAUGAAGGCGCGUAGUGUGCCUCAGCAUCGCAUGAAGGAGUUUUUGGAGUCGCUAGCCAACAAAGGCCCCGAGGCACUACAGGAGUUCAGCCAGCAGGGUGGCGACAGUAAUACCAUAGUCUACCAGCAAGGAGCCAACUGCGUCUACACGGACAGCACUGAGGUGGCAGGCUCUCUACUGGAACUGGCCUGUCCGGUCCAGGUGCAGGUGCAGCCAUCACAACAGCAACAGGUAUCCGUGCAACCACAGGUGACAACAACUCCGCUCUCUCCUCAGCUCACUACAGCUGUGCAACAGUCCACAGAGCAACCGAUACAAGUGCAGGUGCAGAUUCAGGGCCAGCAGGGUCAGGUUGGUCAGGUGCUGCAGGUGCCCUCCUCCCCAUCCUCACAGCAGCUGCAGGGCAUCACCACAGCAACGCAACUGCAGGGCAUUACCACGGCAACACAGCUGGUCCAGCAAGGAGAUAUCACAGAGGAACAGCACCAACAGAUCCAGGCUCAGUUGGUAGCAGCUGUAGCUGGAGGCCAGCACAUUCAGAUCCAGACUGUGGGGGCAGUCUCUCCGACUCAGAUCCAGCCUCAGGGCUCCCCGCGUGGGGACGGCACUGAUCGGCGUACCGGGGCCGUGCCCACCACCUCCGCAGGGGUGCUUCAGCCAGCCAAAAAACGUAAAGUGGACUUGCCAAUCACAGUCUCCUACGCCAUCCCAGGCCAGCAGCUGGCCACCGUGUUAGCCAUUCCUCAGGGCCAACAACAGAGUUACCUGUCGCUGAGGCCGGACCUGCUGACCGUGGAUAGCACUCACCUGUACAGCGCCACAGGCACCAUCACCAGCCCGACUGGUGAGACCUGGACCAUCCCCGUCUACUCUGCCCCUGCCCAGCAGCCUGGCAUUGCCCACAUCGCCAUCCCUCAAGACUCCUACGGCACAGCUGCAACCACCACCCUGCAGGUGGCUGCUGCCCCUGUCGCCGGCAACGAUGACAAGGACAAACUAAAAAUCGCCGUUUCCGCCGGUUCCGCCGUGCAGGGGGCGGUCUCUGCGGUUUCCACGGCAGCCGUGGCCUCCGGGGGCGGUGCCCAGGAGGAGGUGGUGCAAACUCUGACCAACACGCUCUUCCCUGCCCAGUUCAUGAACGGGAACAUUCACAUCCCCGUUGCUGUGCAGACGGUUGCCGGGGUGACGGGGGCAUACACAGGUGGCACACAGUCUCUGCAUAUCUGGGACCCACAGCAGCAGAUAGUGCAGGCGCAGGGAACACAAGACCAGCAACAGCUACAGCAGUGUCAAGUUGUGGGCGUGUCUGAAGUUGAGCCCGCCCCUCACGCCACGCCUGAGCUCCUGCUGCCUGCCUCCCUGAAGCCUGAGGAAGGUCUGGAGGUGUGGAAACUGUGGGCUCUACGCAAAAACGCAGAGCUCGACAAAGAGCAACAGAACAAGCUGGCACCCAUUGGACGGAGACAGCCAUUGCGGUUCCAGGAGGACCUCUUGUCCAGUUCAGUGGCAGAGCUGAGUCUGGCUCUGUCUCUCAUGACGCAGGAAGCCAGAGACCUGGAGGGAGAAACUUUCCCUGCAGAUAUGCUGUACUACGUCUUCCUCUGUAUACAGAAGUAUAUGUUUGAUAACGGGCGUGUAGAUGAUGUUUUCUCUGACCAGUACUACCAGCGCUUCCACCAAUCGCUUCACAGGAUACUGGAUUCAUGGAAACCAGGUGUUCACCCAUUAGGUUACCUCAUGCCCACUCAUGUGACAGAGGAGAUGCUGUGGGAAUGUAAACAGCUUGGAGCUCACUCCCCUUCAACUUUACUCACCACGCUCAUGUUCUUCAACACCAAGUAUUUCCAGUUACGGACAGUGGAGCAGCAUCUGAAGGUGGCGUUCUCUAAAGUUCUCCGACACACCAGAAAGAACCCAUCCAACCCAAAAGACAAAAGCACCAGUAUCCGCUACCUUAAGGGCGUGGCCACGCACCAUGUGGGCCAGAAAGUGACUGAUGACAUGUAUGCUGAGCAGUUGGAGCACCCAGAGAAUCCAUUACGCUGCCCCAUUAAACUGUAUGAUUUCUACCUCUUCAAAUGUCCUCAGACAGUCAAAGGUCGGAACGACACAUUCUAUUUGACCCCUGAACCUGUGGUUGCACCCAACAGCCCCAUAUGGUACUCAACGCAGCCAAUCACACGUGAGCAGAUGGAGCACAUGCUCACUCGCAUCCUUGUGGUUCGAGAGAUACAGGAGAGUAUUGCCAUGGCAACGGGCUCUGUGCAGUAGAGGGCGCCGUCACGGCAACGUGACACAAGCAGCUGCGGACUGUAGUUCCAGUACGUUAAAACCGAGGAGAGGGAAGAAACCCUACAGACUGUGUUUCUCACUCAGUCUUAUUCAUUCAUGUGUUUUAAGCUGACACUGGGGAAACACAUACUCAAAAAGAGUCGUAUACUCAAGCCUUAGUCGCGCGUGCACUCUGUUUUUUUGUUUUGUUCUUCUUUUUUUAAUAUUUGCCAAAGGACAGUCUCACUCUUUGAGAAGUAUAAAAGUUGCCUACUACCACCUUUUUUUCCAGUCAUAUUUUAAGUUGAGUUUUUAAUAUGUUGGUAGUGUUCAGAUCAUUGCUUGCCAGAGUCAGCACUGACCCAAUGGCUUCCCUCUGUUAUAUGUCUCAACCUGUUCAUCUUUUCUAGUGCUUUUAUUCUGUUACUUCUCUAUCAACACCCACCUUCUCUCUCUAAUUCCCACUCUCCUACAUCUGUCACAGGCUGCACACACACACACAGUGUGCCACAGCUAGAAGUUUUACUUCUGUAAAGGAUGGUUCUGUGGUACUGUUGCUAUGGCAUUGUUUUGUCCUCAGGUAGUGAACUGUUUUCAGAACUCUCAGAAAACCAAACAAUGCCGAAGCUAAUUGUUACAAACAACAACUGUAUGCCCUCUCUUCUAACUGCCACAUGAAUUGGUGUGCUUUCCUGGGGCACUAGAGGGCGCUGUGGCCCACACAUUUGAACUGUAGGUGUGAACUCCAACUGGCCCUAGAGAACUGGAGAUCCGGAGCAGGAGAGAGAAAGAGACAGAGCAGAGGAUGAGAGACAGUUUAAAGAAAAGGGGGAAGUGUGAAUGUUUUGUUUUUCUGUCUUACUGUCCCCUUGAAAAAUGAGACCAUCUUGUGCUGCAGAGC